UGUUCAUGAAUUGGGCUCCUAAUCAUGACGUGGAGGAGAUGCUUGAAAACUUCGAGGAGUUGCUUUACGAGUCGAUUUCGGUCAGGGUUAUGGUUCGGGUUUCAGCAGAGAUGGCUGUCGAGUGAAUCGCAGAGAAGAUUUGCAGUUCUUUGGGGAAAUGGUGAUUAUGGAAGGCUUGGAUUAGGCAGCUUGGAUUCUCAAUGGGAACCAGCCGUAUGCCCUGCUUUUGAGAAGGAGAGCCUUCGUGCGAUUGCUUGUGGCGGAGCUCACUCUCUUUUCUUAACAGAAACUGGGCGUGUUUAUGCUUCGGGUCUCAAUGAUUUUGGACAACUAGGUAUAUCAGAUGAGAGAGGUUACAUACUUGAGCCGGUUGAAGUUACAGGGCUGAACAAGGAUAUUAUACAAAUUUCUGCUGGUUAUUAUCAUUCUUCUGCUAUCACAGUGGAUGGGGAACUCUACAUGUGGGGGAAUAACUCAAGCGGGCAGCUUGGCCUUGGAAGAAGGACUGCAAAGAUAGUUCCUGAACCAACUAGGGUUGAAAGCUUAGCUGGAAUCAAUAUCAAAAUGAUAGCAUUGGGUUCAGAGCACUCGAUUGCUGUCACAGAGGAAGGUGAAGCCUUAAGCUGGGGAGAAGGAGGAUGUGGAAGACUUGGUCACUGUCAUCAAUCAAGCAUCUUAGGAUUUUUGAGCAGCAAAAGUGAAUAUACCCCAAGGCUUAUCAAGAUGCCUGAGGCGGUUAAGGUUAAAUAUGUUGCUGCCGGGCUGUUGCAUUCAGUCUGUAUUGACGAAAAUGGCUCUGUUUUUAUAUUUGAUGAACGGGCAAUCAAUAAACUGGACUUUGGAGAAGCAAAUAACACCAUUAUGAGCAAACUCCCAUUGUCUGAAAUGGUUGCAUGUGGUGGUUACCAUACAUGUGUUAUAACAAGUGAUGGGGAGCUAUACACAUGGGGCUCAAAUGAGAAUGGCUGCCUUGGAAUCGGUUCCAUGGAUGUUGUCCACAUGCCUGAAAGAGUUGAAGGUCCAUUCUUGAAAUCUCCUGUAUGCAAGGUAUCUUGUGGUUGGAAGCACACUGCUGCAAUAUCUGGUGGAGAUAUUUUCACAUGGGGCUGGGGAGGUUCACAUGGAACAUUUUCGGUGGAUGGACAGUCAUCAGGAGGACAACUGGGACAAGGAAAUGAUGUUGACUACUAUGAACCUAAGAUGGUGAAUUUCGACAGGGACGUGAGAGCAUUGCAAGUAUCUUGUGGGUUCAAUCACACAGGUGCCAUACUUGAAUAUACCUGAAGUUUGCCCAGAAAUAUAAGAACAGAUCGUUGGGCUGUCUCCUACUCUCAGAUGGUUUGCUCUUCUCCUUCAACCCACUCUCCUUAUUCAUUUAUUGAUGUCUGUAUGAGUUACCCUGUACAUUCAUCUACAACCAAAAGUAAUCAAUCAAAAAUAAAUAAA